AUGCGCCAAAGGCUGGGCGAGGGUGACCGCGCCGGCGCCGGAGGGAAGGCCGCCCUAGGCCCGGUCUGGAGAGCGAUCUCGCCGGCCAGCCCCGGCGACGUCUCCCCGGCGCUUCGCCUGCCCGUCCAGAGCAGCUUGCGCUGCGGGUCUGUCGCGUGCGCCCUCGCCGCUGCGGCUGCCGGGCUGGGGGCGUGGCUUUUCGGCAACUUCCAGAUGCGCAGCAAGAUUCAGGCCCUAGUGCCCCGCUGCGGCCUGCAAGGGUGCUGCUGCCGGGCCUUCGGCGCCGCCGCCGCCCUGGCGGGCCUCGGCGCGCUCGGGGCGGGCGCGCGGCUCGCCCUCGCCGCGCGCGCGGGCGGGUGGGGCUGGUGCUGA